ACAAAUUUCCUAAUUCUACGCAGCCACUCCGCCACUCCCAGCCAGCCAUGACUCCAUGAGCGGAUGAGCCAAGUAGCCAACGCCUGAAGCAGUUAGCAUAAGGGUUAAGCAGCAGGGCGACGGGCACAAUAGGGGUGAAGGACAGAGUCCAGACCAGACGGGAUGGAGCUCGGAGCUUGCAUUAAACCCAACUUCGACCAAACGGCGACGUAUCUCCGGCAUCCUAUUAAUCUCCACCAUCCUCGCCACCGCAUCUCGUAUUCUUCUGUGUUCUACCGUAUUAACGCUGCUACGUCUAUGCGUUGCAGAGCAACUCCUAGAAUGCAAAGCAAUAACAGCUCAAUCGAAGCCGUCCAAGAGGUUAAAGCAAUGUCUGCUGAUUAUUCUCAUGAUACAGAGCUAUCAAGUUUAACAGCUUUAUGCCCAUUGGAUGGUCGCUAUUGGGAUAAAGUCAAAGACCUGGUUCCAUUCAUGAGCGAGUAUGGGCUAAUUCGCUUUCGAGUCUUGGUUGAGGUGAAGUGGUUGUUGAAGCUUUCACAAAUUCCUGAAAUCUCUGAGGUUCCUGAUUUCUCUCAAGGAGCAAAGUCUUAUCUGCAAGGCUUGAUUGAUGGGUUUAGCUGGAGUGAUGCCAUAGAAGUUAAGGAAAUUGAGAAAGUAACUAACCAUGAUGUUAAAGCUGUGGAGUACUUCCUAAAACAAAGAUGCCAAUCACAUGAAGAGAUAUCUAAGGUUCUUGAGUUUUUCCAUUUUGCUUGCACAUCUGAGGACAUCAACAAUCUAGCACAUGCAUUAAUGUUGAAAGAAGCUAUUAACAGUGUUAUAUUACCGGUCAUGGAUGAGAUUAUUACAGCGAUAACUAACCUGGCUACAAAGAAUGCUCAUGUGCCCAUGCUUUCUCGCACCCAUGGGCAGCCAGCUUCACCAACAACACUAGGCAAGGAAAUGGCUAUUUUUGCAUAUAGGUUAUAUACAGAGAGGCAGGAUAUUUCAAAAAUUGAGAUGCGAGGGAAGUUUGCUGGUGCAGUUGGAAACUACAAUGCACAUCUAGUUGCAUACCCUGAUAUAAACUGGCCACAGAUUGCAGAGGAGUUUGUAACAUCCCUUGGGUUAAGCUUCAAUCCUUAUGUCCCUCAGAUUGAAACCCAUGACUAUAUGGCCAAACUUUUUCAUUCUAUUAUCCAGUUCAACAACAUUUUAAUUGAUUUUAAUAGAGACAUCUGGGGAUACAUUUCCUUGCGAUUCUUCAAACAGAUAACCAAAGCUGGUGAAAUUGGAUCUUCAACAAUGCCUCACAAAGUGAAUCCGAUUGAUUUUGAGAACAGUGAAGGCAAUCUUGGAGUAGCUAAUGCAGGCCUAUCACAUCUGAGCACAAAGCUACCUAUUUCACGGUGGCAGAGGGAUUUGACAGAUUCUACUGUGCUGAGAAACAUGGGAGUAGGAUUGGGGCAUUCACUUCUUGCUUAUAGAAGUGCAUUAAGGGGAAUUGCAAAGCUUCAGGUCAAUGAAGCUGCUUUGGCAGAAGAUUUGAACCAAUCAUGGGAGGUUCUUGCUGAACCUAUACAAACGGUGAUGCGGAGAUAUAAUGUCCCAGAGCCUUAUGAGAAACUAAAGGAGCUAACCCGGGGGAGAACGGUCACCAAAGAAAGCAUUAGAGAGUUCAUUGAAGGUCUGGAAAUACCGGUAAAUGCAAAGACUGAUCUUUUGAACUUAACACCCCAUACAUAUAUUGGCGCCGCUGCUCAAUUGGCCAACAACAUAGAAAGCAUUACUCAUCUAGUGGAUAAGAGCUGAGGAUUUUCGAGGCAGUGUAUCAUUACUAACAAGAUAGGGCGAUUUGAGUGAUCAUAUCCUGUUUGAAAUAGACAGAGAGAGCAGAAAUGCACUAUUCUGUGUUUUUUGGAUGGUAAAAUUAGAAUAGUACAUUUAGAUUCAUCAUAAAAUACAGGGAGCAAAAUGCCCUGGUUGUCUUGGAAAGCUUAAUUUUUUUGAAUGAGGAUGGAACAUAAUCUUUUCCAAAAUUAGAAUGUCCUCCCUCAUUACACUUCUGUUGGAAAACUACAUACACGGUUGAAAUAUCAUUUUUCUGGUGGAAAUUUUAAAGUAAAAAUAUAUUUCA